AUGAAUGUUCGACUCAUUGUUCUCAUUUUCGCCCUGAUCAAUGUAAAUUUUGUUCAAUCUCUAAGGCGGCGAGUAGUUGCGGCUAGACGAGGACAGGUGUCAAAUCCUGACGAGAAGCUCACCGUUCCCGCUAUAAUAUCCCGCCAUGGUUAUAUCUGUGAAACGCAUACGGUCGUCUCGCAAGGCUACAUGCUUCAACUGCACCGGAUUCCUCACGCUAAGUAUGACAACGCCGUUCCGAGGAAAACUGCUCUGCUGCAGCACGGUCUUUUCGGAAAUUCAGCUCAUUGGAUACUCAACGGACCACGAAAUAGCUUAGCGUACGUGUUAGCCGACGCCGGCUACGACGUGUGGAUGGCCAACAUCAGGGGCAAUAGGUAUUCCAAGGGGCACGCUUGGCUCCAGAAGGAUUCUCAGCAAUAUUGGGACUUCUCCUGGCACGAAAUAGCUAUACAUGACAUGCCAGCCAUCCUGGACUACAUCAAGGGAGUGAAGAGUGACAGUGAAAUCGCUUACGUAGGCCAUUCGAUGGGCUCGACUAUACUCUUCGCGAUGCUGUCGUCGAGACCGGAAUAUAAUUCCUACCUGGAGUCGGGGGUAGCUCUAGCUCCGAUGGCGUUUAUUAAGGAUAUAGAAUCCCCAAUAAUUUGGCUGUCUUCCACCGUAGAAACUGUAGCUCCAGUCGAGAUGAGACACGGUCGACACGAAUUUAGACCUGCUGUGUCGAGUUACGUGAGCGAUUUUGUUGAGCCUUGUACUCCCGAGCAUUUCAGAACAUCGUCAUGUAAAGACAUGUUGUUCUCCUUGUGCGGAGCCAACGAGCGGCAAUUCAAUAGUACAUUGUUACCGGUGUUCGUAAACCACUUGGAUAUGAGCACUUCCUGGAAGACGCUUCAGCAUUUCGCUCAGGAGCUAGACAACGAAGGCGAAUUCCAACUGUUCGACUAUGGAUCGAGUAACCGACGUAUUUACGGCACUAGAAAGCCACCAAAGUACGACCUUAGCAAAAUCAAAGUACCACUAGCCUUGUUCUGGGGGAUGAAUGAUUAUGUAUCGGUUGAAAAUGAUGUACAGAAGCUCUACGACAAAUUGAAAACCCCUAGUAAGAUGUACGCGGUUUCAGACCCUGAAUUCAGUCAUUUGGAUUUCCUUUGGGCGAAAGACGCCGAUGUAUUAAUAAACAAUAGGGUCUUGGUAUACUUAAACGAUGAGAAUAAGUUGGACAUUGAUGUCACCUCUUUGGAAUGGUGA